GCAUGUGUUACUUAUAUCGCAGACACGAAUGAAUUUCCUCUCUGUUUCGCGAGACUCUGUCGAAAGAUGUCGAAUUCGGUUGUUCGCUAUUCGCUCGCGGAUGUCGCAAAAUGCAACGGCAAGAAUGGAGCGAGAACCUGGAUCGUCAUUUACGACAACGUUUACGAUGUAACGGAUUACAUGCAACAACAUCCCGGCGGUCCAGAGUUAAUUGAGGAAUAUGCGGGAAAAGAUGCGACAACUGGAUUUGAUGAUUUCGGCCACUCUUCAGAUGCAAAAAAGAUGCUCAAAGAAUAUUUAGUUGGUGAACUUGAAGAUGAAGAUAAAAGAGCAAACAGAAAGAAAAAGCGUGCUAUUUCUAACGGAAUAAAAUUAGAGGGAACAGACAGAUGUAAACGAAGAACCUUCUUAAAAAUACUCUGCGGCAAAUGCGCACAUUGAAGCAUCGACUGCGUUUAGGAAUUUUAGAUAUAUAAUUUUAUUUAUGCAUUUAGAUAAUAUAAUUUUAUUAACGCCAUUGUAUAUUACAAUUGCUAUAUCUACAUAAGACUACAUCAUUAUAUGUGACGACGUGCGUAAUGCCGAUAAGAAUCAUCGGAAUUAACAGCGAUCAACUUAUCGCUAAUAUACGCAACACGGAAUAUUCUUAACAGUGAUCGAAGAAAAUCAGCAUUUUAUAUCUGCGGACACAAAUGACUCAUGCAUCUCGUCUGGUUAUCGCGUUCAUAAACUUAUAGCAUUGUAAGAAGAGUGAGCAUCUCAUUGUCGAAUAGAAUUUCCAACUACUACUUGUAAUACGGUUUUAAUCCAACUUUAAUUCAAUUUCGUAGUUGCAUCUUAACGAAAUUCUGCGAAUCAAUUUUCUUUAUUUGUUUUAAAUUACGUUAAUCUAGAUGAAUUUAAUAAAGUUAAAUUAGGACAAAUUCUUUUAAAUAUGUAGAUAAUGUAUAUACGUAUUAUUUAAAAAUUCUUAAUGCCUUUACAAAAUUAUCAGUAUUGAUAUAUAAUCGAAUUACGGAGAGUGGCAGUGUUCAUUCUUAUUAAUUGAUUUAAAUAAAGUGAUACGCGCGGAACGUGCUCUGAUAACGUAUUCCGAUAUUUUAAGAUAUCGCCUGUCAUGUAAAACACUUUGACAUUGCGCUCGCGUUGCACUUGAGGAAAGUCCGUUUCGUAAUCCGUGAAUACGUGCCUACGACAAGGUCUUGCGAACUGUGAAACAUUUGUCUUCAUCGAAUACGCAAUAAAGAGACCUUUCGCAAACAGAAGCUUUAUGUAAUAUGACUAGCGCUCAACACAUACGAACACAUUGUUGUUCGCGAUUAUUUAAAUAUUUAUAAUCAAUGUAAAAAGUCUGUAAAUCGUGUUUCAAAAACUAUUUAAUAAAUAUUGAGAUUUA